AUGGAACAACUUAUCGCAGAACUCUACCAUCCUGCCAAUCAGGCUUCGCCAGAACGAGUCAAUGCCCUCCAGAGACAAAUACAGCAAAUACAGCGACAGAAGUCUGCAUGGCAGCUGGGUCUCGAUCUCCUGCAUAAUGAUGAAGCGGUUGUACGCUUCUACGGAGCUUUGACUCUUACCAUCAAAAUUAAUGCGGACUGGGAGAGUGAUGAGAUCUCUCAAGAUCAACGAAUGAGGUCCUAUCUCAUCGAAGCGCUCGUUACGCAUUAUGUGCAUCUGGUCAAGUUACCAGACGCAACUUUUGUGCUCCAGAAGUUAUGCUCGACGCUCGUGACACUUUUCGCGAGGUCAGAUUCAGGUUGGAUGCUUCCAGUACGCCAUGUCCUGGGAUGUCUGCUUAAUGACCAAUAUUUGCCUCAGAAUGAUCUUCCUGAGAUGACACAGUUACUUAACGCUGCAAAAAGCUGUUCCUUAUCUCAGCUGAAAGGAGUGAUUAUGGUAAUCACCACUCUGGCAGAGGAUACAACAGGUUCUUCAACCAAUACCAAGGAAGAAGGGGGGAUUCAAGAACGCCUUUCUAUGAACUGUAUAGACACAUGGGAAGUCUAUGACUUUUGUCUUCAUCGACUGCUUGAAGUCGUUGUUUCGAACCAGCAUCCUGAACAUCCGGGACAUCAUGACAAUGCAAACUCAUCAGUCUCAUUGAACGACUCUUUCGAGAUUAUCAAGAUGAUUUUGAAAGGAGUGCCAUUGUGGGCCAGCAUCACCCGGAAUGCAAACUACCUUGACAAAGAUCAAAGGCAGAAUGUUGAGACCAUCUCGAAACGCUGUAUCAAUUCCUCCAUGGAAGCUUUCCAUGUGGAUGAUCUAGUAUCCGGAGUCUUGCAAAUGUUUGUCUCCCUUCACCACUCUUCCGCCAAACUCGUUCACGACGCAGUUCCCAGCUUUCCAAUCAGCAUCACGGGCAGUCAGAGGGCUCAGUCAUUACUGGAGUCGCUUGUCCGGGGUGAUUUCGAGCCUGAAGGAAUUCUCUACGUUGACUUCUUAGACACGGUGAUUAGUCAGGUUGACACUACCAAUUCUGAGUACCUUUAUGACGACCGCUAUCGUAUAAUCCUUCAAAGUAUGUUGAAGCUGCUUCGCUGUGAAGGUAUUGCCGCCAUCGAUGAUCCUGUAUGCCAGAUUGCUCUUGAGAAAAUCAACGAAAUGGUCGAAGGCUUUACCGAUUGGGAGGAGGACGGGGAUGCCCGGGGUCUUCUUCAGGCUAUCACAAUUGAUGCAUGUCAGGCUGCCUUAGUCAAAGUCAGGCUCCCCUUCGAGCAGAUGUCUGCAGAAACACAGGACUGGGAUGCAGACGAUCGUGCCAAGUUUCAAGACUUCCGUUACGAUGUUCAAGAUUACUUUCAAUCAGCUUUCACUCUACUGGGAAACAGUUUGAUUGAGGAGAUUGUGAAUACAGUCAUCGUACCACAAGAUCCUCCAAAUUGGAGCAUCUUUGAAGCUGGGGUAUUCAGCCUUACAGCUUUCUCAGAUACGAUGUCGGCUGAACCGGAUAUAUAUGACGGGCUUAUCACAACCGUGCUAAGCAGUCCUGGCUGGCGUUGUAUUCUGGAAUCAUCCCAAGACAUUCCCGAUCGGGCCCGCCAGACUGGAAUCCGCUUCAUUACGGAAAACGUUGUAUAUCUACAACGACAUCCGGAUCGGCUGAUAUCAAUGUUAAACUUCCUCUUCUCGUCAUUGCAUCUACAAGCAUCCAGUGUAUCCGCGUCUCGUGCGAUCUACAAUCUUUGCGAUUCUCAUCGAAGCAUCCUUGCAGCGGGCCUUCCGCAAUUUAUGGCUGCUCUACACUCAAUAGCGGACUCUGGGGAGGCUGAGAGACAUAGGAUAUAUGCUGCGGUAGCGGCUGUUAUCCAAGCACUACCUAGAGAAGAAUUGAAAACCGUGCCACUAUCCGAGUUACUAUCUGCAGCUAGUGGCCCCCUAUUGAGAAUCCAAGUCGACGAUGGAACUGGGCAGGAAUUACUAGCAAUUUGUACGGAUACAAUGCAGACUCUUGCUUCAAUUGGCAAAGGUUUGAGAGCGUCCUCGGAUGUCCCAGUAGAAUUGGACGCAUCUGCGCCUGAUCAACCGUCAUUCUGGAUUCAUGGUCCUGGACAAACAAUUCAAGCAAAUGUCUUGGCCAUAUAUGGCUCAGUUGUGCAGACAGUCAAUAAGCACGCGGAUAACAUCUUCGUGGAGGCAUGUUGUGAUUUCAUCCGGUCUGGCUUCACUGAGGAGCACCCAUCGGCCUUCAAGUUUCGAGAUACGAUUGGACUCGACCUUGUGAGUUCGCUCAUCAGCAUCGGAAACCCGAAUAUUGACUCCACAAUGGCAUGCGCUUCGAGUUUCAUGGCUUCUGUAGAUCAAAGCAGCAUCGAGGCCUGCAUCAGUGGAUUAUUGCAUCCGAUUGCGAUUAAUCAGCAGGCGAUUGUAGCGGAGUUUCGGCAGUCAGGGCAGCUACUUAGCAGCACGUUUUCUUCGAGCUCUUUGGAGUUCCAGGCUCGUUUGAUAACCAAGUGGGGGGACAUUUGGUACAGCAUGCCUGACAGCGACAGAAUAAUGGGUAUCGCUAUGGAACUGUCCUUGAUACUUUUAGCGGACCCAGACACCUUACCUAGACGAUCAUCUGCAUCAUUUUUAGCAGCAUUUGCAGGGUUUUCGGGGCCAGAUGGAGUGGUUGAGCCAGAUUUACAGGUAAGAAUCCAAGGAGUCCUUCAGGAAUAUGGUCCUCGGAUUUUGGGACUUGUGCUACGCCUUGUUGGUGGUGAGUGUGCCCGAUCAGAACUCGAAAUCAUUUCGGAUACCUUGAAGCGGUUCAUUCAGAAACAAUUCAUGUUUACCAAACAAGUGCUUCGGGAAGCUGUGGAAGAGGAACGGGGAAUUCUGAGUGAGAAGGCCUUCAAGGUAACCACAAUUGAUCAACGGAAGCGGUUUCUGGCACAAUUAGAGACUUUGCGUGGUUCGAGAAAGACGAACGAUGUUGUGAAAGACUUUUGGAUUGCCUGUAGGGGCAGUGGUUUUGGGUACAUCGCCUAA